AUGAUUGUCACAUUGAUUUUAAUAACAAUUAUAUUGAUACUUUAUUUGAUUCAUAUCUAUCGAUGCUAUUCAUUUUUUAAAUGUCGAGGUAUUGAUGGACCACGUCCAACAUUUUUUUUGGGCAAUGUAGCAGAUUUUGCUCGUACAAAACGUAUAUCAAUAUCAAUUCACAACUGGACAAAACAAUUUGGUCGUAUAUAUGGUUAUUUUGAAGGUCAUACACCAGUUUUUGUCAUAUCAGAGCCAGAUAUAUUAGAUAAAAUAUUUCGAAAAUAUUUUUCAAAAUUUCAUUCACGUCGACAAUUUCCAUUAGAAGAACGUUCAACAACAAAAGGUGUUCAUUUAUUUAGUGCUACCGGUGAUGAAUGGCGUCGACAACGUAAUAUAAUAAAUCCAACAUUUUCACGAUAUAAAAUAAAUCGUAUGUUACCAAUAAUAAAUGAUUGUAUUACAAAUUUAAUGAUUAAAUUAGAUGAAUGUAUUAAAAUAGAAUCAGAAGGUUUUGAUAUUUAUAAAUUAUAUAAAUGUUUAACAAUGGAUCUUAUAUGGAGAUGUUGUUUUAGUAUUAAAACAGAUAUGCAAAAUAAUCCAAAUAAUCCAUAUUUAAUUCGAUCACAACAAGUAUUUGCUAGAGAAAAUUGUACUUUUUUAACAACAUUAUUAGGAAUAUUUAUACCUGAAUUACAACCAUGUUGGUUAUUUAUACAUUGUUGGAUUAAUAAAAUAAAAGCUAAAUUACGUGAAUAUUUACCUAUGGGUGAUAAAUUAAUUGCUGAUGAUCCAAGUGAAUGGCUUAAAGAAAAUGUUAAAUAUUUUGUUGAAAAAGCACCAGAAAAUUGUGAUGAAACUGAUUUAUUACAUUUGAUGCUUGAAGCAACAGAAAGAAAUAUAAAUAAUACUAAUCAAAAAAAUUCUAGUAAACGUUUAUUAACACUUAAUGAAGUAAAACAAAAUAUUUAUUUAUUUAUGAUUGCUGGUUAUGAAACAGCUAGUACAGCACUUGCAUAUGUUACUCAUAUUUUAGCUACACAUCCUAAUGAACAAAAAAAAUUACAAGAUUAUAUUGAUCGUUAUAUAUCAAAUGAUACUAUUCUUGAUUAUGAUGCUUUAAAUAAAAUAGAAUGUCUUGAUUGGUUUAUUCGAGAAACAUUACGUAUGUAUCCAAUAACACCAAUUAUUAUUAAUCGGCAAUGUUCAGAACAAAUUGAUUUACCUGAAUUAGGUUGUAUUUUACCGGGUACUAAAUUUACACUUGAUAUGUAUAGUUUACAUUAUGAUAAUGAAUUAUGGGGACCAGUUGAUACAAAAAUAUUUUAUCCAGAAAGAUUUGCAACUGAACGACAUCCAUUAGCAUGGGUUGCCUUUGGUGCUGGACCACGUAAUUGUGUAGGAAUGAAAUUCGCACUAACUGAAAUUAAAAUUACUAUAAUACGUCUUUUACAAAAGUAUACAAUAGUACCAUCAACUUCAACAAAUGAAGAUUUAGAACUUGUCGAACUUGUUACAAUUGCACCAAAACAAUUAAAAGUUCGACUUGAACCACGAACUCAGAUACUAUGA